UCAUGCAUUCAAUAUUCACAUUUUUCUAGUUCCUCUCAUUCACCUCAAUCAUGAAAUUACACAACCUCAUCUGAUUCCCUGGAUUAGCCGAAAAUAAGGAGAUAUCAAUGAUGUCGGGCGAGGAAACUGAUCAUAUUCAUCAAGUCGCAUUACUCAUUUUCUUUAUCUUGGUUACAGGUAGGGUGGUAGCUGGAAAUUCAUUGGAGACUGAUAAAGAAGUACUGCUAAAACUGAGGUCAUUUCUUGAAGGACAAAACCGCAUAAAUAGAGGGAUAUACACAGAAUGGAACCCGCAGGACUCAUCCCCAUGCAACUGGUCCGGAAUUUCAUGCGAUGUGAACGGCACCCGUGUCACCGGAGUACACCUUUCGAACAACAACAUAGCAGGCCUCAUAUUCCCAAACUUCUCGGACUUGACCUCGCUCACCCAUCUUGAUCUCUCCAAAAACACGCUUGAAGGAGUCAUUCCUGCUGACUUAGGCCGGUGCCGAAACCUUAAGGCCUUGAAUUUGUCACACAACAUCGUUGGUGGUGAGCUCAACUUGACUGGACUCAACAGCUUGGAAAUUCUUGACCUGUCCCUCAAUAGGCUUCGCGGUGAUAUUCAGUUGAUUUUCCCGGGAACUUGCAACAGUUUGGUGGUUGUGAAUAUUUCAGCUAAUAAUUUUACUGGUGAGCUUCGGAGUUCUUUUGAUCAUUGCCAGAAUUUGAAGCAUCUCGAUCUCAGCACAAACAAUUUGAGUGGAAAUAUACCGUUUGGGUUUGAAAGGCUAAAAGAGUUUUCUGUGUCAGAGAACUACUUAUUUGGCAUUGUCCCCGCAUGGACUUUCACAGAAAAUUGCAGUUUGCAAGCUUUGGACUUGUCAGAGAAUUUUCUUUCUGGAGAAUUUCCAAAGGAAAUUUCAAAUUGUAAAAAUUUGGCGAUGCUGAAUUUGUGGGGAAACAAUUUUAGUGGGCCAAUUCCACAAGAAAUAGGAUCAAUUUCCAGUCUUCAAGCGCUUUACCUGGGCAACAACAGUUUUUCCAGGGAUAUUCCCGAGUCCCUACUGGGCUUGAGCAAGUUGACCUUUUUGGAUCUAAGUAGGAACAAUUUUGGAGGAGAAAUACAAGAAAUCUUUGGGCGUUUUGCACAGUUAAAAUUUCUUGUAUUGCAUUCGAAUGCAUAUACCGGGGGAUUACAUUCGUCAGGAAUUCUCAAGUUACAAAACAUUUCUCGGCUGGACUUGAGUUACAACCGAUUCUCUGGUCCACUGCCGAUUGAUAUUUCCCUCAUGUUGAGCUUGAAGUUCUUGAUUCUUGCCUAUAAUCAAUUUACAGGAACUAUACCUCCAGAGUAUGGAAAUGUUUUAGGACUCCAGGCCCUUGAUCUUUCCUUCAACGGGCUAAACGGGUCGAUACCAUCUAGUUUUGGGAAUUUAAAAUCCCUUCUAUGGUUGAUGCUUGCAAACAAUAGCUUGACCGGUGAAAUCCCACCAGAGCUCGGGAACUGUAGUAGCUUGUUAUGGUUAAACCUUGCAAACAAUCGACUUUCCGGGUCAAUUCCACCAAAGUUGACAAACAUCGGUAUGAAUGCAUCACCAACGUUCCUAUCCAAUAGGAAUGGUCAAAUUUCUGUUGGUUCAGGGGAGUGCUUGUUGAUGAGGAGGUGGAUACCAGCCGACUACCCUCCUUUCAGUUUCGUGUACACACUCCUUACCAGAAAGAGUUGUAGAAGCCUUUGGGAUAGGUUGCUCAAGGGCUAUGGUCUAUUCCCUGUUUGUCUUCCAGGUACAAAUAUUCGAACAUUUCAGGUGUCCGGUUAUGUUCAACUUAGUGGUAAUCAAUUGUCUGGUGAGCUCCCUCAUGAAAUUGGUAAGAUGCAAAACGUCAGCAUGCUGCAUUUGGGUCUCAAUGAAUUUUAUGGUACACUACCCCUAGAGAUUCAACUAAUGCCACUUGCAGUCCUAAACAUUUCGCAAAACAAGUUUUCAGGUGCCAUUCCAAUGGAAAUUGGGAACAUCAAGUGCUUGCAAAACCUCGAUUUGUCAUAUAACAAUUUUUCUUUUGCAUUUCCGACUAGCCUGAGCAACUUAACUGAUCUGACCAAGUUCAACAUUUCUUACAAUCCAUACAUCUCCGGCACAAUACCAACGACAGGGCAAUUGGUCACAUUUGAGAAAUGGUCAUUCCUGGGUGAUCCACUAUUACACCUACCAGCUUUUAUAGACAACACUGCAAGUAAUUCAACCACAAACAAUAAAGGAAAGACAAAAAGGCCUGCAAACGUUGGUGCGAGUUUGGUGUUCAUUGCUUUACUACAGGCUUUCUUGGUGUGUGGGGUCAUGACACUUAUAGUCUGCCUUGUGGUAAAAAGCCCAGCAGACAUACCAGGGUAUUUCUUCGGGGAAACAAAAGGCCAAGAUGACUUAGUGUCAAGUUCAAGUACAUCAUCUUCAGACACCAUUAAGGUCAUCUGUUUGGAGAAAACAAUGUUCACGCAUGUUGACAUCUUGAAGGCUACAGGGAACUUUUCAGAAGAUAGAAUUAUAGGGAGGGGAGGGUCUGGAACAGUAUAUCGAGGGUUAUUGCCUAAUGGGAGACAAAUAGCAGUGAAGAAGCUACAAAGAGAGGGUGUAGAGGGUGAAAAAGAGUUUCAAGCUGAAAUGGAAGUUCUAAGUGGAAAUGGCUUCGGUUGGCCACAUCCAAACCUUGUGACACUCUAUGGAUGGUGCCUUGAAGGGAGGGAGAAAUUGUUGGUUUAUGAGUACAUGCAAGGAGGGAGCUUGGAGGAGCUCAUUUCUGAUCGAACAAGACUCACAUGGAAGCAGCGCAUUGAUGUAGCAAUUGACAUAGCUCGUGCCUUGGUCUUUUUACACCACGAGUGCUCUCCUGCCAUUGUGCAUAGAGAUAUCAAAGCUAGCAAUGUCCUACUAGAUAAGAAUGGAAAGGCGCAUGUAACGGAUUUUGGUCUUGCUAGAGUAGUUAUUGCUGGAGAUAGUCAUGUUAGCACAGUGGUGGCGGGAACUGUUGGUUAUGUUGCACCAGAGUAUGGGCAGACAUGGCAAGCGACUACAAAAGGUGAUGUGUACAGCUACGGGGUGCUAGUCAUGGAGCUAGCAACUGGGAGGCGAGCUGUGGAUGGAGAAGAGGAGUGUCUAGUCGAAUGGACCCGACGGAUCAUAAGAGAUGGACGACAGGGAUUUAGUGGAGCCACGACUUUACAUAUGUCACUUUUGGUUUAUGGGCUUGCAGAGGGGGCAGAGGAGAUGUGCGAGUUGCUUGGGAUUGGCAUAAGGUGCACAACAGAGGCACCCCAAUGUAGGCCAAACAUGAAGGAGGUGCUAGCUAUGUUGAUUAGAAUUUCUUUGCAGUCAAAAGGAUUUUAGUUACAUCAGCUCUUCUUUUCCCUACUCCUUGUGAUGGAGUUGGGGUCUACAACAAAAAAUUAUCGAGUACCCAUACUUAUCUAUUCAACAUAGUUUAGGUAUGCACAUAAAUUU